GGUUGAAGUGGAGGCAGGGGAAGGGGCGGGGGCUGGGAUCAGGAUGAGGAAAGGGAUUUCGACGAUAGGGAGUGAUUUUAGUGGGAUAUCGUGGGGGAGGGAGGGGGGUUGGUGGUUCAUGGGAGAGGAUAGGGAAAAGGGGGCGUCGGAGGAGGCAGGUCUGGGUGGUCAAAUUCGCGGCGAAAGGGAGUCAGGCAGACUAGCCGGUGGCGGAGAGGGUGGCUAGUGCUGGUGGGGUGAUUCUUUAAAUAAUAAAAUUUUUGUUAAUCUUUUCUUAAAAAAAAUUUAACAUUUUAAAAAAUUUUAAUUUUUAAAUUUAAUAAUUAUUUUUUUUAAUUAUCAUAGGCCGACACGUGUAUUUAACUUGUUAGCACUUUAGAUGACCGGUUGGAACUACAUUAAAAGUCGAAUUAUUUAAAAAUAAUUAAAAUGUGAGAUUAUUUUGGGCGAAUAAGACAAUAGUCGGAUUUUUCCGGGCAAUUUUACUUUUUUUUUUUUUUAAUUAAUUUCUUCUUCUUUAUAUUUAAUUAUUUUUCCUAUUUUGGAGCCUUUUCACGCUCACUGUCUCUCUCUAUUCUCCAUUGAAGCGUACUCUCAAGUCUCAAUUCUCCAUCGCCUUGUAAGCUUUCUCUCCUCCAUUGAACCAGUUUCUGAGGCUUAGUUUAGGUAACCCUUUAAUGUUAGGACAGAAUUGUGAGAAUGAGGUAUGCCCGGUUGUAAUGGAAGAAGUUACUUUAGAAGACGAGUCCGAAGAUGAGGAUGUGGAUUUUAAUCCCUUUUUGAAGGAGAGCCUUUCGGAAGAGGCUUCGUCGAGCUUGAGCUCGGAAGUAGACGGGUUGGAUAUUGAUGUUGUUAAUAGUCAUGUUGAGAAUGUAGUACCUGUAGAUACUCAUGGUUUAUUCAAGGGGAUGAAUGAUGUUGUUCAUGAGGGGGAAUGUGGUGAUGUUAGUAAGAGGGAUUCGGAAUUGAUUUUGAAUCAGGAAAAUGAUAAGGUUCUGGAAAAGGAGAAUGGGUUGAAUAGUGGAGCUGAUGGUGUCGAGGAUGUAGGGGAGGCAGACAUGGGAUUGAUUAGUUCCAGGAAUAAACCCGUGAUUGAUUUGGAUGAUGAAGAUGCUAUUUGUAGAAGGACUAGAGCUCGGUAUUCUCUUGCUAGUUUUACGCUCGAUGAGUUGGAGACAUUCCUACAAGAAACUGAUGAUGAAGACGAUAUUCAAAAUGUUGACGAGGAAGAAGAGUAUAAGAAGUUUCUUGCCGCAGUUUUGAAUGGAGGGAAUGGGGAUCAGGGGAAUCUAGCGGGUAAUGAUGAUGACGAUGAUGAAGAUAAUGAUGCAGAUUUUGAGAUUGAAAUUGAAGAAGCACUUGAGAGUGACAUUGAUGAUUGUGUAGUGACACCUAAUAAGGAUGAGAGAUUUGAGAGAGCUAUUCGGCGUCCUGAGACUAGACGAAAGGGACAGAAAAAAGCCAAUGCCCAAAAUAAAAAGAAGGUUAUGCAGCAGGAAAAUAGGCCCUUACGUCCACUAUUGCCUGUGAUGUCCAGUGCAUCUUUUCCGUGUCUCGGUCCUAGAUGUGUUGCACUUGAGACUUCUUUGCAGUCCCCCCAGUGUGAUCAAGGGGUUUUACCGAAUGGAUUCCAGCCUCAUCAAAUUGGGCAACUACAUUGCAUAAUAUAUGAACAUGUACAACUCCUUGUCCAAGUAUAUUCACUUUGUGUUCUUGAACCGUCCCGGCAGCAUAUUGCAUCACAGAUUAAGGGCCUUCUGGCAGAGCUGCUUCACAAACGGGACCUAGUACUAUCCUGGAGAAAUGGGCCAUAUUCCAUUUCUUGUUUUUACCCCUCAUCCACCUGCUCAUCUGUUUCAGUUGAAAAUAAGGACUCUAACGUAUCACCUAAUGAUGGUCAGGGCUGUCGAUGGUCACCAGUUGUAGGUGAUUCUGUGCUAUCAGUUUUGGAUGUUGCACCACUUAAGCUAGUUGGAAGAUAUAUUGAUGAUGUUUCUAAAGCUGUACGAGAGCAUCAACGACGCUGUGUGGAAACUACUAAUACGUUUUUGGAAAAGCAGCCUCUUUUCCCCCUUGCUAUUCAGUCUUCACCUGAAGUGGAUCAUAAUGUUUCUAAAGGAGAUGGCCCAUCUUCAAAUACUUGUGAAGUAUCACCAAGUAAUAAAGGGCCUAAAAAGACAUUGGCUGCUACCCUUGUUGAAAGUACCAAGAAACAACCUGUUGCCUUGGUCCCCCAACAAAUUACUAAAUUGGCACUGCCCUUUUAUUCAUUGUUUAAUCCAGCAUUAUUCCCUCACAAGCCACCAUCCCCAGCUGUUGCUAAUCGAGUGCUUUUCACGGAUGCUGAAGAUGUGUUGCUUGCCAUGGGAAUAAUGGAAUACAAUAACGACUGGAAAUCUAUUCAGCAGCGUUUUUUGCCUUGCAAAUCAGAGCAUCAGAUUUUUGUAAGGGCAAAAAAUCGCUGCUCAGCUAAGGCACCUGAAAAUCCAAUAAAGGCUGUAAGAAAGAUGAAAACAUCUCCACUCACAGAGGUCGAGAAAGCUCGUAUUCAGGAGGGACUCAAGGCAUUCAAACUUGACUGGACAUCAGUUUGGAGAACUAUGGUUCCGUAUAGGGAUCCUAAUCUGCUUCCUCGGCAGUGGCGCACUGCUAUUGGAACUCAGAAAUCAUACAAAUUUGAUUCAGCUCGGAGGGAGAGACAUAGAGUUUAUGAGUCAAACAGGAGAAGAAACAAAGCUGCAGCUAUGGAUUACUCUCAGACUGGAUCUGAGAAGGAGAAUGAAAGCGGAGAAGACUUUGUGGACAAUGAUAAUGAAGCAUAUGUUCAUGAAGCUUUUUUGGCUGAUUGGAGACCCACUCUCUCUGGAGUGGAUCCUUCCAAAAUAUCUUCCUCAAGCUUUAAGUUAGGAUGUCUGCAUGGAGAUGUUCCGGUUGCUAGCUCUAGUGCCACCCAGAGUGGGGCAGAUAAUCAUCGGAACCGAGAAAUUCAAAUUAACAAAGGUCAUGCUUACAAGGGCUUAGCUGCUUCAGAAAAUUCCCAUUUAAUACAUUACAAUUCUUUGCAUCCCCACGUUUCUUCUAGCCAACCUCCACCUAUUCCAACUUCAGAAACGUUUAGUGAAUCGCUAUCUCGGUCCCAAAGGGCUGGAAAGCCUAGCGUUUCCAAUCUAGUUAAAUUAGCGCCAGAAUUACCCCCUGUCAAACUUCCUUCAGCAGUCCGUAUUAUAUCUCAGGCUUCUCUCAGAAAUACUCAGUUUGGAAGCUCCAGUGAGGUUUGUGCUUCUAGUCCCGCGCCUGCAAAUUUAGUAAAACAUGUGCAAGACAAUACUAUGAUACCAAAUCCCAAUUUUGAAAGUUUGCCCUCGCAAAAAGAUGGACUGUUGAAGAAUGGAAGUCUCACUAAAGAAAGAGGCACAAAACUGGAUCCUCAAAUGCACCCUUUACUGUUUCGAACCAUUGAAGAGGGGCAUUUACCAUGCUACCCUGUUAACAAUCCUAUGAGGAUUCCUACAUUUAGUUUCUUCCCACCAAUGCAACAUCAAAUGAAUGUUACUCUACUACGAAAUCCUUGCCCUGCUGGGCCCGAUGCUAGCUUAAAAUUUUUGGGAUCAAAAGAAAGUGCCUCAGCAUCUUCCAGUCUAGAUUUUCAUCCCCUAUUACAAAGAGCAAAAGAAAUUCGUGCCAACUCUAUAGACACUGGCAUGACUGACUCUUUACUAAAUACUGAUCUGGAGCUUUCUAGGGAUCAAUAUGUGGAAGAUAUUGUUUAUGAUGCUGGUGCAACUGCUGCACAAAUGGCUGCUGCUACUAGACUUACUAGUCCCAAUGCUGAUGCAAAUGAUUUGGACUUGGAUAUCCACCUGAGUUCUGCAUCUAAAAGGAGAGAAAAUUUAAGCAAAAGAGAUGAAAUAAAUUUGUCAUUUCCAUCAUUAAGUGGGUCAAGUGUUGUUGAGAGUGUGACCAUGCACGGUGACUCAUCUCAGCUUGCUGAGCUCCAGCCUGCAGAUCCUGUUGGUCAGAGGCAUAUGGAGAUAUCUAUUCCUGAUAAUUCUUCUGCAGUUUCCAACACGGUUGAUGGUAGUUAUGGCUCAUGUAUUAAUGAUAAUGUUAGUGUUCAUCCUCCCUUGGAAAUAGUGAUGGAACAGGAAGAACUGAGUGAUUCUGAUGAAGAAAUGGAGGAUGUAGAGUUUGAGCGUGAAGAAAUGGAGGAUUCUGAUGGAGAAGUGGGAUCAGAUGCCGAAGAAGUUAUUAACAUGCACAAUAAGGUGAUUCAGGAGCAAUCACGUACUGUGUUGGGCACAGAUGAUCAUGCCCAGCUUUUGAGAUCACUUGCAUCUGGAGUUUCUGAGCGGACUCGGUCUCAAAGAAAAAGAUCUCCUAGAUUGGGUUUGACAGGGACAGGAAAAGACCACUCAAAGGAUUCCUGGUUAAGUUUGAAUUCUCAUGGCUCUCAUUGCAAACCACUUUCAAGAACCAAAAGGGCAGAAAGCCCCUCUAGAGGAGGCCCAGUUUUAUCAAGCCCCAACCGAUAUCGUAAGAAAGCAGUUUCGAGCUCAAAAGAUGUGUCUUCAAGUGACAAACAAACUGAUAUUUCUCUGCAAGAUCCCUUCUCCACACCAUCAAGGAAGUCCAGAAAGCAGGCCUUAAAAAAUUCCUCUCUUUGAAAGUUGGUGUCCCUGCUCUAAACUCCAGUUGUAUAAAGAAGGAUUCAAAUAUAGAACCAGUAGGUUUUAUCAAAAAUAUAGUUGCUAACCAACUUGAAUCUUCAGACAAGAAGGAACUGAUGCAUUGACAAGACAGUGAAGGUUCAGAAUGGCAGGAAAUCUAUGGAGUUCAGGUAUGCCCUCCGUUUAGUGGGGGGUUUUUGGUCGCCUUUUGAACAGUAGUUACUUGUACAUUCUUGCACCUCCCUUUUUAUAGGGGGGUUGAGUAGAAGAUGCAAUUGUAUAUAAUGUAUUAUUGUAUAUAUCAUUCUUUUCAUGAUAUGGAUUAUGAUAGUCUUUAUAAGGAAUGUUUGUGUACAUGUACAGGUUAUACGGCUCAUUUAGAUGUGUUACAAUAUAAGAACGAUGAUGACGGGUUCUCAAUGUUAUUCAA